CCAGAUAAGCAGGAACAUGCAGGCAGAGAGAUCCAGAGCAUCCUACAAGCAAAGAUCAGCUUUACCACAAUCUCUCCAUGCACUUACAUAGUUCACUGCCAUUGGAGCAUUCUACAAGCAAAAGCAAAGAUUCCAGAAGUUAAGAUCCAUCUCGCUUGCACAAAGAGCAGAUCUAAUUCCCCAAAACCUCAGAGGCAAGGUUGCAGCAGACAGAGAGACAAGAGUAACUGGGCAGAGAGACCAGUUUCAGAGCACCCCUGACCGAGGUGAGCGAACAUGUCUCUGCAGGUGAAAGAGAAGACGCACGUGCGUCUUGUGUUUUUGGGGGCCGCUGGCGUGGGCAAAACAGCCCUGAUCCGCCGCUUCUUGCAGGACUCCUUUGAGACCAAGCACCGGCGCACAGUGGAGGAGCUGCAUAGCAAGGAGUACGAGAUCAGCGGCAUCAAGGUGACCAUCGAGAUCAUGGACACCAGCGGCAGCUACUCCUUCCCGGCCAUGAGGAAGCUCUCCAUCCAGAACAGCGACGCCUUCGCCCUGGUAUACGCCAUCGACGACCCAGAGUCCCUGGAGGCAGUCAAGAGCCUGCGAGACGAGAUCCUGGAGGUGAAGGAGGACAAGUUCACGCCCAUCGUGGUGGUGGGGAAUAAGACUGACAGGGAAGGCGAACGGCAGGUGCCCAGCGAUGACGUGCUCUCCACCGUGGAGCUGGACUGGAACAACAGUUUCCUGGAAGCCUCGGCCAAGGAGAACGAGAACGUGGUGGAGCUGUUCCGGGAGCUUCUGCAGCAAGCCAACCUGCCCGUCUGCCUCAGCCCUGCCCUGCGCAGACGCCGGGAGACCUUCCCCAAGGACAACGGCAUCCGGCCGCCCAUGAACAAGACCAACAGCUGCUCUGUCUCCUAAAAUGGAGCGGAGGGCUUAGGGUGGGCGAGGGACAUCGCUCCAUGCUUCACAUAGUGCCACUGUCACACACACACACCUGAGGCGAGAGAGAGAGAGAGAGAGAGAGAGCGAGAGGGAGAGCGAGAGAGACUGACUUCCGUCCACCGAGAUGGUCACAAGAAUUGUGUGCAGGAGAUGGAGCAUGGCUGUGGUUUGGGGGGUGGGGCGGAUGGACAGGUCUGAGCUGUUCAGUGUUGUCAUUUUUUUUUAUGUACUGUGACGAUGCUGAAGUGACACAGCUUAUGGUGUUCAAGUUUAGAUCAAUGUCAAGCUGUGUUGUAUGUGUAUUACUUUUUGCAAUUACAUAGUAUUCACUUUGAAUAAUACUUGAAACUGUUGCAAAUCGUAAAAGUGUUUUAAUUAAACUGAAAACAAAGACAUAUGCUGAUGUGCAUAUUGUGCUGUCUGUACAAAGUUUCUGCUCUGAUUUUAUUCAGCAAUUGGGGAAAUUAAGUUGCACCAGAGCAAAAAGUUUACGAAAAAUGUUUUACUUCAUUUCAGAUUUUCUGGCCUUAAUGUAUUGAACAUGUUAAUGAAAAAGGUUGCAUCGCAAUUUUCACCAGUAAACAUUUGUUUCAAAUGAAUGUUUUAAGAAUUAUGUUUCACAUACUGCGUUGUUAUUUAUUUUUAUUUAAUACUUUUUUAAUUUAAAUAAAUAUAAAUAAUUUACAAAACA